CUACGGUGGGCCAAGUGAUCCUCCCUGCAACACCCAAACCAGCGGACCUGGCAGUUAAUCACCUUCAGCUGCUCGCGCCGUCUUCAGUCUCGCCUCGACGAGCUCUCAUCUCUUUUCAGCAACCCCAUUCCUGAGUUACGGCACAACACUCAUCAUGGCGGACAGUGACCUGGCGCCCAAGUUCGCCCCAUUCUUCUCCUUCGCCGGCAUUGCAGCUGCAAUGAUCUUCGGGGCCGGAGGAGCAGCUUAUGGCACCGCGAAGUCGGGUAUCGGUAUUGCGGGUGUGGGAACGUUCAGACCAGACCUGAUUAUGAAGUCGCUGAUCCCCGUCGUCAUGUCCGGUAUCAUUGCAGUCUACGGUCUCGUCAUCUCAGUCCUUAUUGCCGGAGACGUCAACCCAGGUCAGAGCCAGAGCUUGUACAAGGGAUUUAUGCACCUUGCGGCAGGUCUAUCCGUGGGCCUUUCCGGUGUCGCCGCUGGCUACACUAUUGGCAUUGUUGGUGAUGCUGGUGUUCGGGCAUACAUGCAACAGUCACGCGUUUACGUCGGCAUGAUUCUGAUUCUGAUUUUCGGCGAAGUUCUGGGUCUGUAUGGCUUGAUUGUUGGCUUGAUCCUGAACUCGAAGUCUUGAAAGCAUGAUUCCCAUCUUUUUCCCUCUGCUUUAUGCACUCGCUAUUCUGGCGCAUAUCUACUCGUUAUUUUGAGCCCAAAUCCUUCCCGUCUGAUCUCCCCGAUACGUUCGCGCCAACUGCGCCAGCACCAGUCAUUGUCUCAAGAACAGGAGUCGAUCAAGAUCCGGGCCAGCCGUCAUCUGAAUCGCAUGGAACUUUAUUCCUUUUUGAUAUUUUGGGGUGUAUUAUAAGGGGCCUUUGUUCGCAUAUAGAUUCUCGUUGAAUGAAAUCCGGCGUAGGCCAAUGAUGAUUCCGAUUUAUCA